AUGUCACGCAAGAAUAUGGACAGUGACAGUUGCGUACAACCGUACAGUAAUGGCUUCUCCCCCUCCAGGUUAUACUAUCGCUGCGUUAAGAGUAAGAGUGAUGGGAAGAAGUGGUGCGGACACGUUCCGUGGCAGGAUCCAAACCAGAAGACUGUUCCGCACUGUAAGCCGUCCCAGCAUCCCACGGAAAAGCCGGAGAGAAACCCCUUUAAGGUCAUCAAUGAAGAUCCCAGGAUUGGUGUGUGGAGACGGUUCAAUGAGGAGCCAAAGGCCAAAGCGGAAAACCCAAAGAAGUGCGACCAGGAGACAUCACCUGGGGCCGAUGGUGGGAAGGUUCAUGAUCAUAGGAGACAGCCACAAGAGAGAGAACCCUCUGGGGAGGAAAGGAGACCUGUUCUACAGGGUGGUGUCAUCUCCAAGGAGAAGUCUUCUGUAGAUACGAGGAAGCCCUCUGGGGAGGAAAGGAGACCUGUUUUACAGGGUGGUCCCAGCUCCAAGGAGAAGUCUUCUGUAGAUACGAGGAAGCCCUCUGGGGAGGAAAGGAGACCUGUUCUACAGGGUGGUCCAAGCUCCAAGGAGAAAUCUUCUGUAGAUACGAGGAAGCCCUCUGGGGAGGAAAGGAGACCUGUUCUACAGGGUGGUCCCAGCUCCAAGGAGAAGUCUUCUGUAGAUACGAGGAAGCCCUCAGGGGAGGAAAGGAGACCUGUUCUACAGGGUGGUCCCAGCUCCAAGGAGAAAUCUUCUGUAGAUACGAGGAUGCCCUCUGGGGAGGAAAGGAGACCUGUUCUACAGGGUGGUCCCAGCUCCAAGGAGAAAUCUUCUGUAGAUACGAGGAAGCCCUCUGGGGAGGAGGAACACAAGUCUGCCUGUGAGAAGGUCAGUCAUGUGCUGGGAGAGAGGGAGAUGUUUGGAGAGGCUCAGGAGGAGGAGAGGAGUCCACACCAGGGAUGGAGGGACAAGCCAUUACCCAGUGGAAUGAAAGUGAAGAAGACUGAGCAGGAAUCUGCACCUGAGGAGAACACUGGGAGGGUGGUAGAAACACCCCAGGAAUGUGGGCCAAAUACCAGGGAAAGCAGCGCCUCAAAGGGGCAUGAGGGGAACGGUGAGACACAAGCCAGUGGUACCGCGAGGCCCACUCACACUCACACUCACACUGGCUCACAAGUCAGAACAGAAGGUGCCCAGCUCACAGAGAGCCACACCAGCAGCACCCCCAGCCCACAGGCAGAGCGGGGCCACAGCGCCCACGUACCCCACAAACAGGAGGAGGAGGAUGUUGUGUUUGUUUCCUCUAUCCCUGGAACUGAGAAGCCCCCCCUGGCCCCCCCGGCUCGGACAUCGGGUGGCGGGAAACAGAGAACCAUCACCUCCUUCCCUGGAUUCAACCAAUCGCCCGAGGCCCAAAGCCCCUCCGCUCUGCACUCCCAGCUCAGCGCUCAACUCCAACAGAAAAAGGCCACCCUGGCUGCGGUGAAUCUCCAGGCGCUGCCGGACCGAGGGGUGAGGCUCCUUAAACAGGUGCAGGAUCUGGAAGAUGCCCUGAGCUCCCUGUCCCUCUGCCCAGAGACUGCUGAGGAGAAAGGGAGCAGCCAAUCAGAAAUGAGUCUCCCCAAAUCUGCCCCCGAAAACCCAUUUAGUAAACCUGGGCCAGUGGAAUCGGCCGGGGGAGUGAAGCCGCUGUCCUUCCAUGAGCUCCCGCCUAUGUCCCUGGGUCUGCACGGGUCAGCGCCGGGCCCGAGCCUUAGCCAGAACUUCAGCAGCUUAUAUAAAGUGAGCCCCGAGUGGCAGGCCCUGUAUGGGGGGCGUAUGACCGAGGAGCGAUUGUUUGCCAUACGGAACGCCACCAGCGAGGCCAUCGAGCACUUGCACAAGAGCCUGGAGUCCUGCCCCAGCCCCGACUGCACCGUACAGGAUCCCGCAGGGCUAAAGGUACCGCUGUUACUGCACCAGAAACAGGCCCUGGCUUGGCUGCGCUGGAGAGAGGCCCAGACCCCGCGGGGAGGAAUUCUGGCUGAUGACAUGGGACUGGGCAAGACGCUGACGAUGGUGGCCCUUAUACUGAUGCAGAAGCAGCAACAGAACCGCGAGCAAGAGAAGAAGCUGGAGGAGUGGAUCUCCAAAACCGACUCCACCCUCACAGUCACCCGUGGGACCCUCAUUGUGUGCCCGGCGUCUCUCGUCCAUCACUGGAAGAAGGAGGUGGAGAAGAGAGUGUCGGGGAGCAGACUGCGAGUUUAUCUGUAUCACGGCCCCAGCCGGGAAAGGGACUGCAGUGUGCUGGCAGACUACGACAUUGUGGUGACCACGUACAGCCUGGUGUCCAAAGAGAUCCCUGUGAAGAAGGAGGAAGGGGAGGCCCCAGCCAAGGACCAGGACCUGGAGGACAAGGCUUCAUGCUCCUCCCCCCUCCUGCGCUUGGCAUGGGCUCGCAUCAUUCUGGACGAGGCUCACAACAUUAAGAAUCCCAAAGUGCAGACCUCCAUCGCUGUGUGCAAGCUGAGAGCCGGGGCCCGCUGGGCUGUGACGGGGACCCCCAUUCAGAACAAUCUGCUGGACAUGUAUUCUCUGCUACGGUUCCUGCGCUGCUCCCCAUUUGAUGAGUACAAGCUAUGGAAGAACCAGGUGGAUAACGGCAGCAGGAAAGGAGGGGAGCGGCUGAACAUCCUGACCAAGAACCUGCUGCUCAGGAGAACCAAGGACCAACAGGACCACUUGGGGCGCCCGCUGGUGCUGCUGCCCCAGCGACGCAGUGAGUUGCACCAACUGACCCUCGGGGAGAAGGAGAAGGCCGUGUAUGAUGUCAUAUUCGCCAGAUCCAGAUCCACUCUGCAGAAUUAUCUAAAGAGACACGAGGGGGGCGCCCACAUACGCACCCAAAAUACAGACAACCCUUUCGAGAGAGUUGCCAAUGAGUUUGGCCCCAGCCAGUCGGAGGUCUCUGCCCCCCCGGGCACCCAGGGAUCCAGCACGGUGCAUAUCCUGUCGCUGCUCCUGCGCCUCCGCCAGUGCUGCUGCCACCUGUCCCUGCUCAAGGUGGCGCUGGAGCAGCUGGAGCUGAAGAGCGAGGGGCUCAGUUUGAGUUUGGAGGAGCAGCUGAGUGCCCUCUGCCUGAGUGAGGUACAGGGCCCGGACCCCAAAUCCACCGUCUCCCUCAAUGGCACCAACUUCCCCUCUGAGCUGUUUGAGGCCGAGAGUCAAAGCACCAAGGUUUCCUCCCUCCUGUCAGAGCUCCAGGCCAUAAGGAGCAGCUCCCAGGCACAGAAGAGUGUCAUUGUGUCCCAGUGGACCAGCAUGCUGAAGAUAGUGGCCGCCCACUUGAAGCUGAUUGGUUUGUCCUACGCCACCAUCGAUGGGUCAGUGAAUCCCAAGCAGCGAAUGGACAUGGUGGAAGAUUUCAACAACAACCCCAAAGGGCCCCAGGUGAUGCUGGUUUCCCUGUGUGCGGGGGGCGUCGGACUCAAUCUGGUUGGCGGGAACCACCUCUUCCUAUUGGACAUGCACUGGAACCCGGCGCUGGAGGACCAGGCCUGUGACCGGAUCUAUCGUGUUGGGCAGCAGAAAGAUGUGGUGAUUCACAGGUUUGUUUGCCUGGGGACAGUAGAGGAGAAAAUCUCUCAGCUUCAGGAGAAGAAGAAGGAUUUGGCCAAGAAGGUUCUGUCUGGGAACAGCGCCACCUUCACCAAACUCACCCUCGCCGACCUGCGCCUGCUGUUUGGGGUAUAACCCCGGGGCUUCUGGGCAUCAGAACCCCCCCACCGAGAAUUUACCCUGGGAAUAUCUGGGGGUGAUACCUACACCCCCCUUAUAAUAAUAUAAUAAAUGUAUUUCAUUUCCA